UAACGGAGCGGAGGAGACACCCUGGGUUGUGUUUUAGGACGAGCUGGAUGAGGUCUACAUCUAAAUACACCAACAGCCGGGGAGGAUUAGGCAACCCCGUCCGGAUCGCCACAUUGAGUUAAACAAAAAAAAAAAAAAAAACGAUGGAUGAAUGAACGUCCAAAAGAAGAAAGGAAAAGAAAGAAGAGUUUAUUUAGGUUUCUACUCCGACUCCCGGAUGUUGUUGCACGGAAAGUUGGACCUGGUCUGGAUUUAAAAGAAGGUCACCUCUGCAACCUCCUACACAGAUGACAAAAAUGCAUCCUUGUGCAUGGAUUAAUGGACAGUACCGACAACUUGGACCAUCCUCACGAUCCCCACAAACAAACGCUCAGCAUACCCAUGUUGAACAGGACACAAUGUGGAAUCCGCAAGCUGCGGCAGCAAAUAACUCAUACCAGUACACAGGAUCAAACACAGGUGUACGGCCACCACACUUUAACAGACAGACGUCAAAUUGGCAGACAUCAGCAGUUCCUUAUCAGGCAGUUUCUUGUCAGCAGCCAGCUGGAGGGGAGUCUAGAUUUUAUUAUAUGAAUGUGUCAGCUGGCAAUCAGCAAAACUCAUACACAAAUACUCAAAGUCGAAAUCUUCAUUUGGACACUAAUGGACAUAAGGUUGCCAGUCAGAGAAAUUUUCAUCCCAACCAUGGAUUCCUCAAGUCAUCGACCCAGAGUUCACCCAAUGUAACGAUAGCGAACACUACAUACCCUCAGCAAGACCUCUCAGCACAUUGGAACCAACAGGGUAUAGUUAAUGCACAGAGAGGCAGACAGACUGCUCAUAACCAGAAUCUCAGACAAAAUGGCAAUCAGCAAGGAUUCAUUCCUUCCUUACCCCCACCUAGUUAUAAUGAGACUGCCCUGCAGUCUUGCAGGAACAACAGCAUUACUACAAACUCAUCCGCAACUGAACAACUGUCGCACCUUCUUAGUGUGAGAACUCAGAAAUACCCAGUUCACAUCAACUCAAUGCAAAACAAAGGGGACAAGACCACCAUAAACCCUGCUGGUCAUACACAAGAGCAAAUGUUCAAAUACCAGAUGAUCGCAAGAAUCGAGGAGGAUCUACACAAGUCGUUCCCUGCUAGCUCAGGUGGUCAACCUCCAGCGUAUACUACUUCAACUUACAGAGGGAAGCAGCUUGCCAGCGAGGUCAGAAUGACGGAGUCUAAUCAACAUAUGCAACCUGUGACAAGGACUGUCACUGAAAGUUAUAACUCAAAUGCCUCACAAUCCUCAGCCCUCAAUUUUGCACUAACCUUUUCUAAAACCACCCACAUGUCAAGAACACAGCAGAGUGUGGCUGCACCACAGCAAAUCUCUGUACCAAAUGUCUUCUACGUCAAAGCAACAGGAAAUGGAAAUGGAGAGAAAGAAUCUCAAUCGAUGAUGCCUGAGAGCAAUUCAUCACAGAGAAGUACCACAGAAUCAUCUGUAGCAAACAAUCAUGACAUACUUGAAGCUAUCUUAUCAGUCAAGGCAAAUGACGCCUCGAAUCACUCAUCUCCUGGUUGCAUGGGAACAAGAGCUGUUGCUGUUGUGCAACCAUUGUCACAGGAAUACUACCAGGUUGCCAGCAAGCAUACCCCUGUUUCCUGGAUCAAUCAAUCCAAGGAGCAUGCUGCAACAGAUGGGUCUUUGAGGAGCCUUGAGAAAUAUGUUAAUUCACCAGCUGUGGCAACAAUAACAGCUCCUUAUUUGAGACAUGGAUCUCCUCUUCACCCAGAAAACCCAAAUCAAACAAGGUCCAACAAAUAUAUUAUCAGCCAUUCAGCAGGAUCCAAUGAUAGUAGCUUUGCAUCAUCUCCAGAUUCAGCUGGGCAUCAACACCGGUCACAAAAAAAUGUAUGUGCAGAGGACACAGGAUCUGAGCCAGCUAUUAACAUGGAAGUAGAGCAGCAUGUUAAGCUAAGUGCUAAUCAGUCAGUAACCCCUGAAGUGCAAGUGAGUCAAAGUAAGAAUUCAACUGAGCCAGAGGCCUGCGUUCCUGAGCUUUCCCAGGUCCCAACACUCCCAUGGACACAUGUCACAUUAACUAAGUUGAUAGAGCAAGAUGAACAAGCCCAGUCAAAACUCAAACCAAGUUCUACAAUGUUUGAUUCUUUAAGAUUACUAAACAUGUUUUGGGAUGGCAACACUGAAAACCUGAUAACUAAGCUCAAGACAGGCUGGUACAGGGGUUUGAUCACUGAUGUUAAGGAAUUCUGCCACAAACAUACAACACAAGAUUCUGUCAUACUGUCACAAGUAAAGCCCAGCUCUCUGAAGCAACUCCAAAGCUACCAUGUCCUCAAAGAUAAUGAAGUUUAUUCAGAACCGCCCUACAAAUCAUCUUGGUUGAAUGUCAGUGAGCAGUUAGAUGACAUUGAUAAUGAGUUUGGCUUCCCGUGGACUUGGAAACACCAUCUUCAUGUGCUUGAGAGUCACAGCCAGCCAGAUGUGGACGGGGCAGUCAACAGCUUUCUUGCACAGGCUGCAAAUGAGGUACCAAACAAGGACUUGUCGCAAACUGAGCUUGAACCAGUUGACUCAGCUGAAGAAAAACAAGCCUCUGCUGUUGAAGCCACUUCUACACAAGCUGCCUCUCCUAAUGAAACAGAAAUAGCUGAUUCCAGUGACUCGUAUUACUCAUUUGAAAUCAAAGUUUUGCCUCCAGAAGAGGCCAUGGUUAUCUUUGAGCAAGCUCAACGCAAGAUGCCACAAAGUAUGGACACUGACCCUCAGCCUGAGAUAGUCAUGAAUAGCUCUGUGCAGGAUGAGCUACCCGAGGCAAUGGAUGUCACACUGAAUGAUUCAAAACUGAACUCAGUCCUGCCAAUACAACAGGUUUGCUGCCUGUCAAAGUGGUUGCAUAUCAUUUGUGCGUCAGAGGAAUCUUCCAGUAAAUGCGAGUGCAACAACGAGCAAAGGGUUGAAGAUUGCACUGACAAGACCCUUGGUGGGGAAGAGAUGGCAGUACAUCGCACACAGGAAGAAAACCUGUGUGCGAUCAGGUCUCCCAGCAAAUUUCACAUGGAAGGAGAGAAUCAAGUGGAGGAUGGGGAGAACAUCAACAAUCAAAUUAUGACAUAUAGUCAGUCUGAGCUGAGUGAAAAUGAUCAGUCUGACAAAGAACCGAAGAACAUUUCCAAAGUAAGCAUUAACAGUACCCUGUCAUGCAUUUUACGCUUAAGUGACACAGAAGACGAAGAUCUCAUCAGCAGUGACACUGAAAUUCAGUCAGUCAGUGGUGGCAAAGAAAUUGAAACUCUCUGCAGCACUGAAAGUAAAGUUGCCAGCCAGAUUUCAGGCCUUGCAGAGACGUGUGGACAGAUUCAGUUGACAUCUUCAGAUGUGGCUGAGUCAUCAUCGGAAACUGAAAUAAGUGUGACGGCUGCCCUCCAGACAACUUUGAGCCACAAUGGUAAAUGUGAAACCGUUGAAAGAAAGCAGAAGAGACUGGACAGUCAUGAUAGAUUUCAUCCAUUCUUUAAGAAAUCUAACAAAACCAAAUCCAUGGAUUCACAGCCUUCAAGAUGUGGCAAGGUUGUAGUUGAUGCAACUGAUAGUGAACCUUUAGCCUCAAAUGUCACAUCGGUACAGCUGGUACUGUUUGGCUCAGCAUCACGCAACAAGUGUGUUUCGAUUGGCAGCAGAAAAAGAUAUGUUUCACCCCCAGGGGCUGUGUCUUACGGAGUAGCAAGGCCCUCUGAAAUUCUCAAUGUAUAUCUUAGUCCCUUGAAGAAACAGUCUUGCCAAACUGUCCGGAGAGAGGAACAUUCAGUCAAACCAUAUAUUUACGAAAAAUGGAGACAUUUUGUACCAAAUAAAAGUAGACACAGAAGCAAACUGAAAAAACAGAAGUGCAAUAUUGCCUCUUUAUCUGAGGGGAGUCUGAAGAAAGAUGAAACGGGUGGCCCCGCCACCUGUAGGAAGCAGCCAGUUCCUUCUCAAAUGAGCACCUGGAGUCGAAAAACUAAGCGCUGCCUAAGUUUGAAGAAGAGGAGGUCCCUCUCUAACGAACUCAAAUGCAGAGAGAAGACAAAGAAGGAUGCAAUCACACAGCCUGCUGAUGAAAAAAGUAACAAUGGCAAUGGAAGCUAUCGUGUCAUGUCCAAGGGGAACAAUAUCCUGAAGUUCAGUGUGUUACCCAAAACCUUCAUCUUCAAAGAUGGAUCCAACGAGGGAAAACAAACCAAUGACCCUGUUUCAGAUAAGCCUGGCCUUGAUGAAAGAAAAGACAAAACCCCCAACACAACUGUCACAACGGACAGAGGUACGUGGUAUCCAGAUCCUGAGAAGAGGUCUUGUCCUCUAAGUUUGCGUCCUGACCGCAAGACCUCCAGCGUCUUUGAAGAGUUUCAGAAGAAAUACAAGAAGAGGACACAGACGCCACAUUGAUGAAUAACAUGACAGCUGAAAGUUUCAUUAGCAACAGAGACAGCUUUUAGGUGAAUUACUAUCUUCUGAAAUUCUUCGUUUGAGAAGAUUCCCCUGGAGAUUGUUACAGAAAUUAUGUCUUAGUGUUUUUGUACUUUAUAUUCAAGGAGUAAAGUGCUAGUUUUAUAUAUGCUCUUAAAAGCCAUACUUCUAUAAUAUGGGUCGUAUUUUCACACAAAAUCUUCAGUUGAUUUCACAUCUGUCAAUGUUCAUGUCAUCCAGUUCAGGUGCGAUUACUCAUGACCGAAAGACGAAGAAGUGUGUGAACUGUAUAUUUCCUACAUGUAUUUUUUCAUUUAUUUCAUGUAUUUAUAUAUUUUUUACAUUGAGAAUAUUUUCAUAUAAUAUGAAUUUCAUAUGAAUAGUUUCCUGCAAUAUUUGCAACUUAUUUCUUUAUAAGAAACUGAAAGAACUAUCUAUUUUUUAUGGACUGUAUUAUUUCUUUUUUUUGUUUUUUUACAUUUCCUACAGAAAAUCACAAAAAUCAUCUGCUGCCUUGUUCAGUAUGUUCAGGGGUGAGGAAGGUGACUGGAAACAUCCUAACUGUAUCUUAGGUCAUCUGAAAUAAACUGUUUAAUUUCA